GAGGGGAGUAUUCAGUAAUUGGCUCACACACGCGAUGUAGUAGACGGCAAUUCGCUGACCCCGCUGCCACUCAAACCGAGAAGGGAACCGACUGAAGUGCGCUGUGAUUGAGGAAAACAAGGACACAGAGGUUGGCAGAAAACCAGCCCGUGAGCUCUGCUACAAGGGAUGCUCUACUCUGGCGCAUCCUUAUCGGUCAUCGCCAUGGAGAUGUCGGAAUGUCCUGGGCUUGAGAACCCAGGCAUACAUGUAUAUCUAAUCCGUUUUAUCAGCUGGUGAUUGUGUUCACCUUUGGUUGCGCAUUCCGUUAAAAUCCGUUGAAUAUAAUAGGCAAUCAGUUUAAUACGCAACAGAUUAUUUCACAGCGAUUUUUUCCUUAAACGCAUGAGCUGCCCACUCUGCAUCCAAAUAUCCUCUAAAAUACAGGACGUGAGGCACCAUGCUGACCAGCAUCACAGAUGGGAUCUUGUGCUGCCUGACAGGCAAGACGGGCAGUGGCGUGGUGCUGCCGGUGGAGUCCUCAGGGUGCACCGACGGCUUUGAGUUUGUGGAGGUGAAGCCCGGGCGGGUGCUGCGCAUUCGCCACAUCAUCCCCGAGCGCCCGCCGAAACCGGACCCAGAGCCAAUCCAGGAGCAGGAGCAAAACCAGGACCAAGAGCAGGAGCUGGAGCAGAAGACCGAGCUGAGUCAGGACCAGGGGAAGGGGCCAGGGACAGGGAAGGAGGAGGAGAAGGAGGUGAGCGGGGAGGAGGGGGGAAGCACGGUCCACUGCAAGCGCAAAAUCACCGUCUACCGCAACGGUCAGCUGGUGAUCGAGAACCUGGGCGAUGUCCUGCACUCAGAGAUCCUGCAGUGCCAGAACGGAGAUGUGGAGCCCUGCACCACCCUGGAGGUGGAGCUGGCUGACUACAACAGCGCAACUGCUGCCACGACCCCUGACCCCAAACCCGCGCCACUGCCCCCUACUACGUCCACGGGAAACGGCUCGGCCGCUGCCGGGCCACAGAAGCCGGCACCCCCUCCACGCCGGAAGCGGAGGAAGCCCAAGCGCACGGUGAUGAUCGACUCGGAGCGCAAGAUCUCCAGCUGCAAGGGCACGGACGCCGACGUGGCGCUGUUCUUUGUGCACGGCGUGGGCGGCUCGCUGGACAUUUGGGGCAGCCAGCUGAACUUCUUCUCGCGCCUCGGCUACGAGGUCAUCGCCCCCGACCUGGCCGGCCAUGGCGCCAGCACCGCGCCCCAAAUCGCCGCCGCGUACACCUUCUACGCGCUGGCUGAGGACCUGCGCGCCAUCUUCAAGCGAUACGCACGCAAACGCAACAUCCUCAUCGGGCACUCCUACGGAGUGUCCUUCUGCACGUUUCUGGCACACGAGUACCCUGAGCAGGUGCACAAAGUGGUGAUGAUAAACGGCGGGGGGCCCACGGCGCUGGAGCCCAGCCUGUGCUCCAUCUUCCAGCUGCCCUCCUGCGUGCUGCACUGCCUCUCGCCCUGCCUGGCCUGGAGCUUCCUCAAGGCUGGUUUCGCCCGUCAGGGUGCCAAAGAGAAGCAGCUCCUGAAGGAGGGCAAUGCCUUCAACGUGUCCCCGUUUGUGCUGCGCGCCAUGAUGAGUGGGCAGUACUGGCCCGAGGGGGAUGAGGUGUACCACGCCGAGCUCACCGUGCCCAUCCUGCUCGUGCACGGCAUGUACGACAAAUUCGUGCCCAUGGAGGAGGACCAGCGUAUGGCAGAGAUCCUGCUGUUUGCCUUCCUGAAAGUCAUCGAGGAAGGCAGCCACAUGGUGAUGAUGGAGUGUCCAGAGACUGUCAACACCCUGCUGCACGAGUUCUUCCUGUGGGAGCCGGACACUUCCAAAAAGGACUUGCCACGGCCAGAGCCAUCACCGCCAGCCAGAACCCCCCGGCAAACGGCACAACACAGGCCUCCAAAGGCAUCAAGCCUCUGAACAAGUAGCCAACAAGAUCUGGCGGAGUGUUGCUGAUGAUGUCCUGAUGAAGGCUGUUUUAUUGAAAAUGGCUGGUUUGCUCUUGGUCUGCACUUCUUGAAGGCAGAGGGCUGUUUUAGCGUGAGAGACAGGGUGAGCGUUUCUCGAGCGAAGCUUAGAAAGGACGCCCCCGCUUUGAGCAAGAGAGUGUGGAAAUGUAGAAGCAUUUCCGCUUGAAGUGAGAGACUAACAAGGACUGAUCCACUUCAAGGACAAAUAUGGCGGGUUGGACAUCUCAGUCACCUUCACGUUAAAGAAAAAUUAACAUCUUUUGUCCUUGUGGUGUCAAAUCAACUGGACAUAACGUACACAUAACGUACACAUAACGUUCUAUUAGAGGACUUAAAGUCACUCUCUGUGUUUGUGCGUAUAUGCUGGUGGAGCACUUGGUGCGAUGAUUGUAUCCCUUUGUAAGCUACUGGUGAACACGGUGUAAGGGGGACCACUUUUUAAGCUAUGACAAAUGUGUCUUUCCCUGAACCAACUGUUAUGUGGCCCAUGGCUAGUUGCUCAGUACUGUUAAAGCUUAGUAAUGCUACAGCUACCACUAAUAAUAGUAAUAGUUCUGUCUUCCCUCAAGUUCUGACAUACAAAACAUGACCAUCGACCACUGACAGGGUGCAAGAUACAUGCAUGUCAUGGUAACAUUGAUAUAGUCUAUAUUAUUCCCACCUGAUUGUCUUUGGUAAGGGAACAGGUGGCUGAACAACACCUCAUGCUCAUUCAUUAUUACAGAGUAAGCCCCAUGCAUAUUAUACAAAUGGGGUGUCUUAAUUCAUGAAAUAAAUGUCUCCUGAUGGACGGUCCAGUUAAUGCUGUGUCUUCACAUUGAAGACAGUAGAAUUAGAGGGGUGUGUGGAGGGAGGUCGAGACAGCUGAUGCUGAGUGCUGAUGAGAGCUGCACGGACUCCAACUGAUAUUCUGAGACUGAAGUUGACUGCUAGGACAUGUAAGAAGUUCAUUAUUCUAAGAUACGCAAGCACAAAUGCAAGACAGCACUGACCGAUUCAGAGCCAGUGUAUUUGAGAACGCUUGGAGGGACCAGAACAGGAAAUCCAAUUGUGGAUCACUAAUGCCAUUUUAAAGUACAUGACAAUCACGGCACCAGGGUGUCUGUUGUGUCUGCCAUUUUGUUCAUAUUGCUGGGUCCACAAUCUGACUCUCGAUGGGUGAUGUCUGCCUAUGCAAAGCAAGGGGAGCAGCUGUUCACUCAGUGACUAUGUUACCAUGCCAACCAUGUUAUGCCAACCAUUUUCAGACUUGCUCCAGAGAGAGCAGUGUCUUCUCACCUGAUUGGGUUGAUAUAAGCUUACUAGCAUGUAAUAAAGAGACCCUUUCUUGACAGAUCUAUUCAUAAGUAAUAAUGCUUACUGUAAAAAGUAAGAAUUGGUGCACAAAAAAAGAUAUCUUAGUAUUGUGGUAUUAAGAUUGACAAGCCUAUAUGGAAUGGAUUUUAAUAUAUCAAAUAACCAACAUUAAGCUUUCUUUGUACAAAGAACCUCUGACAUGAUCUAAUGUAUAAAUGAACCACAGAUAUAAGCUUGUUUCUUGAACUCCACCUAAAAAUCAUAAUUCCUAUUUUGGAAGGGACAUGAACAGUGUUUGCGGUGAGAGCUGCCCCUUGCAACUGGUCUAUUGUGAGGUAUGAACUUUCUGACAUUCAGUCAGGUGGGAGGGGAUCCAAGCAAUGAAUGACAGCGUAGGUAACACUAUCAGUUUUUUACUAUGAAGCUCUUGACUUUGUGGUGAGGCUGUACUGCACGCGUCUACCAGUCUCCGCCCCACUGGUCCUGAGCAUACCUCCAGCUGUGCACUGUCAUCAAACACAGAAAGCGGAGCGGGAUUGAUAUCUGUCGUCAAAGGCAAUGUUGAUGUCUGCGGUAUUAACUGCUCAAGAGACUUCCUGCAGGCAUGACCUGUGCACAUACACACCUUGGCCCCCCCCCACCCCACCACUACCACCAAAUCUCAAACAUCUACUAAGUCUGUCAUGUUCCAGCACCCCUGCCCAGUGCAGGUUCUCCUGAAUCAUUUUGGGAUCCCCCAGCCCCUGUGAAAGGAAUCUGUGAUGGAUUUUUCCCCUUCCUUUUAAGGUGCAAGAGAUAAAUCAGUGGUCAUGAUGUGUUAAAACACCUUGCUUUACAUGGGAACAGGCCAUGCCAGAGAAUAACUAAAAUGGAGAUGAGCGGAUGCUCUCAGCUUGAAGUUGUUUUCCUUUGAAAUUCAAACGCCAUACUGUCCACCAUACAAUGUACCCCUUGCAAGCUGUUGGGAUAUGUUAAUAGUGAAUGAACCUCAUGACUGAGUGCUUGUUCUGCCCCGUUCAUGUGUUAAAAUCCGGUUCUCCAGUGUGCUGCUUGACUGUGUGUGGUUCAACCCUACGUUCAAAUAUAUGGCAUUUAUCAGUGGAAAAGAAGAAAAAGAUAACAUAUGCACUGCCUGGCAAAGUGUGCAUAUAAACAUGUUGAAAUUAUAAAUCAUCAUUGAUAUUCAAAGACUGUUCAUUGUCUGUGCUCUCUCAAGUGUUUCUGCUGAGACUGUGUAGCCGACUCUAAUAAAAUGAUUAAUUUAUUUGG